AUGCAGGUUCUUUCGGACAUUGAAAAUCCCAGGACGCUGCCGAGGCCAGGUUAUGGUCACCAGCUGGUGCCUGGCCGUGCCUUUGAGGGCAAUGGCGGGUUUCAAGCGCUGAGGGAGCCGGACGCUGUUUACCAACCUACAAUUGUGGUACGACGGGAAACAUCCAAGCCGGUCCCCGCAAGCAUGAGAAAUCUCACUGCGCCGUCAACCUCGAAUGCUGAAGACAUCCAUGCGAAGAUCAACCGCAUCGAAAGCGACGUGAACAGAACCAAGGAAGAGGUGUCUAGCCUCAUCCAUCUGAGGGAGACCGGCCAGAAGAUCGCCCGCCUGGAAAGUGACGUGGACGAAAUCAAAAGGGAGCUGGCUGGCCUCAGCAGCGUGCGGGUGACCCUUGCCGAGCUCCAGGCGCAGCUUCAGAUGCUUCUGAGUACUUACGUGAUUCCUGGCCAGCUCCCUGCCCAGAUGUAUCCUUCCGCACAGGUAUCUCCCUACCACUAG